AUGGACCAGCGACAGAGCCAGGCGCCCAUCGUGGUGGUGGGCACCGCGGGCCUCGACGGGCAGGUGGCGGCAGCCAUAGAGCACGCCGCGCGACGGCUGAGUAGCGAGGAGGAGCGGGAGCAAGUGCUGGGCAUCAAAGACCUCUGGUCGCUCUCCUGCGACGACCCGCAGUUCGCCAUCGCCAUCGGCCAGUGCGGACCCCUCCUCGACCGCCUCCUGGAGCUCUGCUCUCUGGCCUCGUGCCCCUCCUACACACCCUCCCCCUCGCUGCCCCCCGGCCCCUCCUGGAAGCUCGUGAUCCUCGCCCUACACUGCCUCUGGAACCUGGCGGCCUACGAGGAGAACAAACCCACUGUAGUGUUACAUGGUGGCGUCGAGGUGGUACUCUCCCUGUUCAAUCGGGCACGAGCGGUCAAGGACAAGUACCGCGACGAGGUGUUCCUGUGCUGCAGCGCCAUCCUGCAAAAUGUGAGCGAGUCACACUACCGCUCUGGCGCCCGCAACCAGCUGCAGGAGGCCAAGGCCCUGGAUCUGGUCGCGAGCUUCAUAGAGCCCGAGAACUGGGCCGAGGCCACUGAAAAGACCUCCAUCUGGAACUCGUGGCUUGGCCUCCAGCCCUUCGUGCCGCUGCUAUCGCUGACGUCCGGCAAUGGAGACAACGUGGAUCGCGACAUGCUGUCGGCGGUGGGGUUCGCGGCGCUGUGUCUGGAGAAGUUCUCGGGGGCGAAGCGGUACCGCAAGAAGCUGUGGCACGACCUGGCCCUCAACGGGGGCAUCCAGCCUCUCAAGUCCCUCCUGCGCAGCUCGCUCCUCUCCGGCCGCCUGGAGCGCGUGCGGACCGCCGUUGCCGCCGUGUUCCGCAAUCUCGACAUCGACACUUCCGACGUGGGCGUCGCCAUCGACCCCUCCUCCUACGAAACGGACUUGAGCCACAUCUUCGACCGCAAGGACUCCUUCGCGGACUGCGUCAUUGUAUUCCCGCAGGUCGGCACGGGAAGUCGGGCAACUCCGGAACGCGAGAUCUACUGUCAUCGGGCGGUCUUGGCGGCACGGUGCAAGGUCUUUGCCGUGCAGCUCUCGCGGUGGGAUCGGUCCGGCCAGGCCGACGAGCAGCCGCGAGAACAGAACAGCAGCGGCCCGUCGACGGGCGCACCACCAGCGGGACCCUCGCGCAUCAUCGUCAGCGAGUUCGACUACCCCACCAUGAAACGGGUUCUGGAGUACAUCUACACGGACCGCCCCGCUCUGGACUGGCUGUGUGCCGUCGAUGUGCUGCGUGCAGCGGACAUCUACGGCCUCGACCGCCUGAAGCAGAUGUGCGAGGAUCUCAUCGUCCAGGGCCUGGACCUGGAGAACGUGGGGUAUCUGCUGGAGCUGGCCGACUUUCACAACGCGUCCCAGCUGGGCCGUGCGUGCGUGGAGUUCCUGUGCCGCCGCCACGCCGGCAACUUUGCGGCGAUCGAGGCCUCCCCGCAGUUCGAGGCCCUCCUCCAGAACUACCCGGCCUGGCGCGAGCAGAUUGAGGGCGCCUGCCGCACGUUCACCUCCGCCCGCCACCCGGGCGACAAACCCUCCUCCGCGGCCGCCAUCACGACAGCCUGCGCAGGCCCCGACCCCAUGCGCAUCGAGACCUGA